UGGCACGCCUCUCCCUUCUAGCCAGCAGUUGUGUGGGAACUGAACGCUCUCUGACCAUGACUGACUCACCGUGUCACAACAGACUCCAGGUGUCUGUGUCGGACCGUACGCCAUUUUGUGUGUGUGUGUGUGUGUGUGUGUGUGUGUGUGUUUCGGCGCCACUGUGUCAGGGAAUAGAUGUCUCGAAGAGCUGCAGUUACUUUGACUUCAAAAAAAAAAUCUAAUGUGCACACUGAUUCUGUUAUUCAAGCUGUUGCCUUGGUCACAUGGUGCAUCAUGGUCUGGAACGGCAGUUGUCAGCGCUGGAGAUUGCCAUGAAUUCCCCGGUGCCUUGACUUGAAUAACCGUGUCUAUUCUUAUGUUCUUUCUCUUUUUUUUUUGUUGGUUGGCAUUUAAUUAUUUUUUCAUUGAAUGAAUGAACCGUGUAUUAUAGAUGAGCGCUGAGAAAUUAUUUAAAGCACAAUGGCCUUUGAUUAAGGAGUAGGAAACUAGCUACACUGCAAUUAUGCUGGAAUAAUAUGAGGCCUGCUUUCACAGACCCAGGUUGACUCACAUUCUAACGUCAUCCACUCAAACAGACAACGGCCACUUCACUUGUCUAAUCGGAGAGCUGACAGGACUGUUUAGGUUUGUUUCAGGGGUUCACUACACCGUGACGUCCUGACUGGAGGCAUGGCCAGUGUGGACGCUUAAGUCACUUCCUGGAUCUUUCUCCAGGAGUGGCAAUGACCCAUACCUAUUUAUCCCCACUGACAAACAGGCAAGAACAGACCAGCUGUUAGCUGUAGUGUUUUUAGGGGUGUGUCAGACAGGUAGGUAGAGCAGCUGUUAGCUGUAAUGUUUUUAGGGGUGUGUCAGACAGGUAUGUAGAGCAGCUGUUAGUUGUAGUGUUUUUAGGGGUGUGUCAGACAUGCAGACAGAUCAGCCUAUACUUCUGGUCUUUUAGGGGUGUGUCAGACAGAGCUGUAGUACCUUUGACCUUCAGCGUCGGCGGUCAUGAUGUCCAUGAUGUCACCAGCUGAAGUGAUGUGGUAGUCUUCUCGCGUUGGCUCCGCCCUCUGGGUGGAUGUGAACAGUACGUAGUUAUGCACAUUAUACACACGUUCUCUGAAACCACGCGGUUCUUUCCACUCACCGGGACCUGAUCAACUCCUCCCGUAUGCAGGAAGUAGCUUUGUGCAGUAUGUUGGAGGUCGUUAGGCUUUAAGGAAUCUGUUCAUUAGACGUGUUGUGCAGAACUGCCUGGAAAGUAUUUACCUGAGCUCCUCAAUCCAUUGGUCUCUGCUGUCUGGCUAACAAGGGGACGCAGAACUGUUGAAUGUGACACACAUUCCAGCUAUUACAUUCUAUUCUGUCGGGAGAUAAUGUCACCUUUAAAUUAUGGACAUCCCUUCCAUCUGCCUGGACAGCUGCAUGGUGAGGCCAGGACAACGCAGAUGCUUGACAUACACACCCAGACACACACACACACACACACACACACAUACACACUCAUUAGUGUGUAGCUGCCUGUCCUCGGACCAGCGGAGCAAGGCCAGCGCUCGGCGCGUGUUUGCUGGGAUUCAGUGGAGUCUGACAUUCCUAAAUGAGAGGGUUGACAGGUGGAGAGCUGCAGGGUCCCUAGUGCUCCUCCUGGAUGCUGUCUCUCUGUCUGUCUGUCUCUCUGUCUGUCUGUGUUUCUGUGUGUCUCUGUGUGUCUCUGUCUCUGUGCCCGACCAUGUCCACGCAACCCAUGACAUCACCCCGACUGCCAGCUUAACGAAGCAGCUAAACUCCGCAGUUUCUGUUCAGCAGUGGCAGGUCACAACACUAACAGUGUUUUCCAGCUGCCAGUGGACAUUUUCACCUCGGGUGUCUUUGACAACACCCUGUUCCCCAUUUAAAGCCCAGCGACAGGAGGGAACUUUGUAGGGGACAUGUUGGAGGGGGAUUGCUGGUGGCCCUGAACCUGUUUUAUCCCGCUGCACUGCAACUGUCAGUCCCAGAGGUGGUUGCCAUUGUUAAAUACGAGAUCAGCUUGUCCGCCACAGAGAGGCAAAGAAGAACGAUGCAGACUUGAGGAGGAUCAGCACCACCCACAUCCUUCUGUCUUCCCUCGCUCCAGCAUCCUCCCUUUUUUCUUUUCUCGCGGCUCCAGUCCCCCCCCCCCCCAUGCUCUGAGAGACCCCACCCGCCCUCCCCUCAAUGGGCAGAAUGCUCCACCUCUCUCAUUGAGCUGACCGACCCCUGACCCCUUAACCCUUCUCCUGCCCUGGUUCCACCUCACCAUGACCAGUCUGAAGCGGUCUCAGACUGAGCGCUCGGUUGGUGGCUCGGUCCCCGCCUCGGACGAGUUCUACACACGUCGGCUCUGCCUCCCAAAUGGAGGCGCACCCCCGCCUCGCUCUGAGAGCGCCCACCUCACCUCCUCCUCUUCGUCCGGCUCCUCCUCCUCCUCUACUCCGGGGGUUCCCAAGAUGGGGGUCAGGGCCCGCGUGGCGGACUGGCCCCCAAAGAGGGACGGGUCGGGCGGCGUCUGGCACAUCACCGUGGAUACGGAUUCCCCGAGUUCCACAAUGUCAUCGUCCGGUGCCGGAGAACGCGGGUCGGCCGGCAGCGGGGAGAAAGAACGAGACCGGAUCUCUGGUUCGGGUUCUGGCUCUGUGACCACGGCCCACAGCAACCUGUCGGCCAAGCUGGGCCACCUGAUCAGCCCCCAGGACUCGUCCAUGCUACGCAACAUCCAGAACACUCUGAAGAGCAAGAUGCACCAUGGGAAACACCACGGCAAAGACAACCGUUACCUGUCCCCCGACGGCUACCAGGGCUCGCCGCGGAAGGGCAUGAGGCGUAUUCGCCAGCGCUCCAACAGUGACAUCACUAUCUCGGAGCUGGAGGGGGACGGGGGCGAGGGCUGGUCCUUCUCCGGCUGGACCCCCAUGCACCGCGAGUAUGGCAGCACCUCCUCCAUAGACAAACAUGCUGGCUCCGGGGAGAGCUUUUUCGAUAUGCUCAAAGGCUACACAUCCCAGGAGGCUCCUGAUCAACGCAGCCCUGCGCCGGACAGACUUGGGGAGCUGUUGACGGUGGCCCCGCACAAACAAGCUGCUCUGGACCUGCCCGAUGGACCCCUGGGUCCUGCCAGAGGUAGUCCCGCAAGCCGCCUGAAGGAAAGGGAGAAACACCUGAAGAGGAGGUCCAAGUCGGAGACGGGCGGCGAGUCCAUCUUCCGGAAGCUCCGCAGCGUGAAGGCAGAGGGCGACACGUCCCGGGCCGGGUCGGACGCGGAGGACGGGGGGCGGGAGGACUCUGGCGGCCCGCCACCCAAACCCUGGGCCUGCCAGAAGGGCUUCGCCCACUAUGACGUGCAGAGCAUCCUGUUUGACCUCAACGAGGCCGUGCAGGGUCGGCAGUCCAGCGGCAAACGCAAAAACACCACCACCGGGGCGUCUGCCGCCGCCGCUGCCUCGCUGUCCUCCAAUCAGAGCGGGGUAUGCAGUGGGGGCGGGUCUCCGUGCGGGUCUCAGGAGGAGCUCAGCGGGAAGGAGGGGAGUCUGGGAGGCGGACCAGGCGGGCACGUCACCAACCCGGCGCUGGACCCCGGAGACGAGAAGAGCAAUGAGCUGGUUCUGAGUUGCCCGUGUUUCCGAAACGAGCUGGGAGGAGAGGGGGAGAGGAACAUCAGCCCGUCUAAACAGCAGGGCAGCAUAGGCAGCGGAGGUAGCUCUGGCAGCUCCGGCGGCGGCUCUGAGGAGGGGCCCCUGGAGACCUCCCUCCCUCACUUCACCAACGCCGGCGUGUCCGUGCUGGAGGCCCCUAAAGACGGCCAGGGACAACACGCCGACCGGGCCAAGCGGUCUGUGGAGCACUGCGACCUGGGAGCCUACUACUACAGGAAGCACUUCUACCUGAGAGAGCAUUGGAACUACCUGGGUGUGGAUGAGACCUUGGGUCCUGUGGCUGUGAGUCUGAGGAGAGAGAAACUGGACGAGCAUAAGGAACAUGGACAGCAGUACAACUACAGAGUCAUCUUCAGAACCAGCGAGCUCACCACGCUACGAGGGUCCAUCAUGGAGGACGCGGUACCGUCCACCUCUAAGCACGGCCUGGCGCGGGGCCUGCCUCUGAAAGAGGUCCUGGAGUACCUGGUGCCCGAGCUCAACGCCCACUGCCUCCGCCUGGCCCUUAACACGCCCAAAGUCACAGAGCAGCUGAUGAAACUGGACGAACAGGGGUUGAGCUUCCAGUUGAAGGUGGGGGUGAUGUACUGUGCGUCCGGUCAGAGCAGUGAGGAGGAGAUGUAUAAUAACGAAUCAGCCGGUCCGGCCCUGGAGGAGUUCCUUCAGCUCCUGGGGGAGAGGGUCCGCCUGAAGGGAUUCACCAAGUACCGAGCCCAGCUGGACACCAAGACUGAUUCAACUGGGACCCACUCUCUCUACACCACCUAUAAGGAUUAUGAGGUCAUGUUCCAUGUGUCCACCAUGCUGCCCUACACGCCUAACAACAAACAACAGCUCCUGAGGAAGCGGCACAUAGGAAAUGACAUAGUCACCAUAGUUUUCCAGGAGCCUGGGGCUUUGCCCUUCACCCCAAAGAACAUACGCUCCCACUUCCAGCACGUGUUCCUGGUAGUGAGAGCACAUCAGCCCUGCUCUGACAACACCGGCUAUAGUGUUGCGGUCACUCGUUCCCGUGACGUCCCAUCUUUCGGCCCUCCAAUCCCAGAGGACGUGACCUUCCCCAAGUCCUCUGUGUUCCGAGAGUUCUUAUUGGCUAAGGUCAUCAAUGCAGAGAACGCUGCCCACAAGUCGCACAAGUUCCGCGCCAUGGCGACGCGGACACGUCAGGAGUACCUCAGAGACCUGGCGGAGCGCCACACCACAUCCACGCCCAUUGACCCGUCCGGGAAAUUCCCCUUCAUCUCAUUGGCCCACAAGAGGAAGGAGAAGAGCCGUCCAUACGCAGGGGCAGAGCUUCGGAGUCUGGGGGCUGUCACAUGGGCGGUCCACGCAGAGGAUCAUGGGGAGGGAGGUGAACUCGAAGCGCUACUGGCUAUCUCCAAUGACUUCCUCAUCCUGAUCGACCAGGAGGCCAAGGCGGUGGUGUUCAACUGCGCCACAAAGGACGUGAUUGGCUGGACGCUGGGGAGUCCCGCCUCUAUGAAGAUUUAUUACGAGAGAGGGGAGAGUGUGUCACUGAGGUCUGUUAGCAACAACACUGAAGACUUCAGAGAGGUGGUCAAACGGCUGGAGUUUCUGACCAAGGGUUGCGAGACGUCGGAGAUGACGCUGCGUCGUAACGGCCUGGGACAGCUGGGUUUCCAUGUCAACUACGAGGGCAUUGUGGCCGAGGUGGAGUCAUACGGAUACGCCUGGCAGGCGGGACUAAGGCAAGGCAGCCGAUUGGUCGAAAUCUGCAAGGUUGCCGUGGCGACUUUGACCCAUGAACAGAUGAUUGACCUGCUGAGGACGUCGGUGACCGUGCGGGUGGUCAUCAUACCUCCGCACGAAGACGCCACGCCACGCAGAGGCUGUUCCGAGCUCUAUCGCAUGCCAGUGGUAGAAUACAAGGGCAGUGGCGACGGCGGCUCAUUCGAGUACAAAUUCCCGUUCCGUAACAAGGACAACAAGUGGCAGAGGACCUCCAGCAGCCCCCAGCAGUCCCUGACGGCCUCCCCACAGCCCCACACCCCCAACCGGGCGGUCAGCCUGGGCAGCUGCGGGGGGAAGACCCUGUCGGCUGAGCGUCCGGAGAGAAACGCCGCUAUACCACGAAGCGUCAGUAGCGACGGGAGACCCCUGGACGCAAAGAGGAUGUCUCCCGGCAGUGAGAGUUUUGCCAUGCCCACCUCACUGGGUCUGGGGCGUUCUCCCCACAACCGCUCCUCCCCCUCCAGCCUGUCCUGCACCUCCGACGCCUGGAGGGCUCAGAAGUCCAUGCCUGAAGGGUUCGGGGAACGCAGGCAACAUUCUCCUUUAUCUUCAGAGCGACAGGCGGUGGGAGAGGGCGGAACUAGCGGGAAGUCCACACCUAAUUGGCCAAGAGUGGAAGAAGGGGGCGUGUCUGACAGAGCUUCUACAGACGCCCCCACGUCCAAGUCUGGUCCUGGGUACUCCGGAGCGCCACGCAUCCAGAGGCAGGAGCAGGUGAUCCACCUGUCCCCCAAGAAGAGCUCCCAGUCCGAGGGUCCCUACUCAGGCCACUCCAGUAGUAACACCCUGUCCAGCACGACCUCCAGCGGGGGCCACAGCGACACCGACAAGUGGUUUGACCUGGGGGGCCCCGGCGCUCCAGGGGAGGCCCCGGACUCGGAGCCGAACGGCCUCGGUGGGGGCUACCUCCAGGGCGCCUCGGCCGACAGCGGGAUCGACACGGCGUCUUACGGGGGGGCCCACCCCCACCACGGCAGUUCCACCGGCCUUCUGGCUCCCGCGGGCCGAGAGGGGAGGGACCGGGCGGCGUCUCCCUGGCAUAGCCCCACCGACGGGGGCAGGAGGGUUCUGGAAAGGUCCCCCCCGGCUGCGGAGAGCCCACAACCCCCGGGGGAGCGAGGGGAGGGGACGCCAAGGACCCAUCCUACACACCUGCCCGUUAAAGACGGCAGCUCGUACAGCCUGAGCGAUGCUGGAUCCCACUCAAGUUCCCGAGGACACUCCGGCCACAGCUCACCCCGGGAGGAGUCCACUUCCUCGGCCACCUCCCCCUGCUCCCAGACGUCUGUCUCCCCCAGCCCCAAGACCUUCUACCCGCGCCAGGGGGCCACCUCAAAGUACCUCAUCGGUUGGAGGAAGCCUGGAUCCACCAUCAACUCCGUCGACUUCGGGGACAAUCGCAAGAAGUCCCCAGGGGAGGGAGGAGGCAUAGGAGAGGGUGGUGGGGGUCUGGGUGGGGUUCAGAACAGACCCCAUCACUCCCCCCAACCUCACCCACACCUCACCCACGCUAAGACCACGGUGGAGGAGGAUGUGAAGAGGCCGAGUCCUGACAGCCCCCCCAAACACAGACGACACCGGGUCAAGGACAAGUCAUCCUCUUCCGCUCAGCCCUCCACCCGUCGCUCGCUCCACCGGACCCUGUCGGAUGAGAGUAUCUACCGUGGCCAGCGCGUCCCCUCUCUGAGGCUGGGGGACAUAGAGCCAGACCCCGCCCCGGGGAUCGGGGGUGACCUCCUGUUCAGCUGCUCGACGGUGCCCCGGUCACCAGUCACCCGAGGGGUGCCCCUAAGACGACCCUCCUACAAGCUGGGGAUCAAACUGCACGGUGAUCUGUCUGCGUCUGACACGUCAUUGGCCGAGAUGGUUGAGCGUCAGCGCCACCCCCUCCCGCAGGAGCUCAUGCCCCUCCCCCCCUCUGAGGGCAGGGACAGCCCCCUGGACUGGACUCACCUGGUGGAUGUAGCCAACACCUUUGAAAUCCAGAGAGGGUUUGUAUUUGGCGAUUCCAACCCGAGGGGGAGUGGCGCCUCCAGCCCACAACACAGUCUAGAACUGCAGCCGGCCCCUCUGUCCAGGCCCUCGUCUAGUGAGGGUCCUGCAGGUUUGGAGAGGAAGGUCACCAAGCUGGAAGCCAUGGUCAAGAUGCUCCAAGAUGACCUGAAGAAGGAGCGUGAGGAGAAGCAGCGUCUCCAUCUACAGAUCAAGAGACUAUGGGAGGACAACCAACGACUGAAGGAGGAGUCCCAGAGCUCUGCAGCCAAACUCAAGAAGUUCACAGAGUGGGUCUUCAACACCAUCGACAUGAACUGACAGGACGAGAGAAGUGGAGGGAGGAGGAGGGCUCCCCCACGCUGAACACGAGAGGGGGAGAGAGAAUGAUUGUACAACCACAACCACACCCUAAAAAAGACUUUCCUUCCUAGGCACAUCUCACGCCUUCUCUUUUUCACCCGUCUGUGAAGAUGAUCUUUGUCUCUUAAGGGCCAGCUGAAGUUUUCCUCUCACUAACCUACUGAAGCUCAGGAUCAACUAGAAGGCCAAUGGCCUUUUGAUGAAGGAUGUCUCUCUGCACUCCUCCGUGUCUCCGCUACCUUUAUGCUGGGGGGGGUAAAACAAAACGGAUACCGAGACAGACAAGAUGGAUACAUUUAUUCCAGUGGGCUGCAGGCUCGGCAGUUCACAGUAUUCCUUAGCUUAGGGCUCACAGACAGAGGGGCAAAUCCCAGUGCAACUGCCUCGUCCGCUACACAUCACUCUGGUCCAAAUGGGACAUGACAGACGCUACCUUUGUCUACCUUCCGCCAACGGACAGCUCCGUCAGUCACCCGCUGUUUUGUGUCCGCUCACAUUCCUCUGUCUACAAGGGAACAAAAGGAGUGGAGAGAAUGGAAACCCUUCUCUGUCCUGUGAAUAGUAACCAGUUCCCCAUUGAACCCUUGACCUUCUGACCAACAAGGGACUGUCUCUGUACUGUUUUAGACCGAACCAUUGACAAGUGCAUGGACUUAGAACCAGCCUUAGGUACUGUUCUUUGGCUGGACCACAAAUCUGAAGGAGAACUUAACACAAUGGUCGUUUUUUUUGAUUUGUAGAGUGUCAAGCCAUUCUAGCCAUCGGCCCCCUCUCUAGACUGCUUCACGAGGAGUGAGUUUGAAACGAGCCUGGAGACCAAGCACACAAGGAUCCCACACACACAUACACACACACACAUUUUGAAAGUUCUGUUGUCAUAAUCCCACAAUUCAUUGCAGGUGCUUGUGCCACCAACCCAACCUGUCAACAACACUUGAUCCCACAACCGUUUCAAAACAAAAGCCAUGUCUUUCGGAUAUACAUCGAUCACACGACAGCUUAAAUCAUAAGUUAACCGCUAAAGGAACUGUGUCUUAAAAGCAAUAGCAAGGGGGUAACACUGGACUGGUUCUUCCUCCAAGCGGGAAGAUCUGAAGUUUAACCAUGUGGCCAUAAGGAUUUAAACAGCAAUCUUGAGUCCUACCAGAGUUGUCUAAAAGCAAUGGGAUGUUUUCAGCCUUUGGUACGACUUGCUGAAGACUAACCAUCAGAAAGAACUAUCCUUCACUUUUAAAUUCCGAACGACGCAGCGUCAGAAAACCUUCAAAUUUAUUUAUUUCUUUGUAUUGUAAAAAAAAUAAAAUCUAUAAAUAACUUGUUCUAAUUGAGUACAGUACAACUGAAGUCGUCGGUAAUUAGUUUUCUCUUAGAAAAAGGUCAGACUUAUUUAAAUAGCUUUAAAAUUCUUUACUUUCUUGCUAUUAAAGCCUGAUAUUAUGGUUUCUUCUAGCUCUUGUGCAGGAAUCCGGUGAACAUUCCUCCCCUCCUGUUUUUGGAGAAAUGCACUCUUUGGUGCUGAACGAGAGCUAGGUUUUAAUAUUCUGAAUAUGUUGUGUUUUGUGGUGCCCCAGCCUGCUGUUGUGUUGCUUACAGUGCCAUCCAGUGGUGAAAAGUGAAAGUGUCACUCGACUUAAAAAAGAAGAAAUCUAUAUGUGCAGCCAUGAUCCAUCCACUGUGUAUUGAAACUCCUCUCUGUAGUCAAUAAGUUAAGGCUCCAUUCAGUCAACGCCAGAUGAUGUAAUAAAAGACGUGUGAUGGACUCUUCAACAUUACAAAGCUACUCUGACUGCAUUUCAGUUUGACAGGUGAAAGUGUUUAGGUUUAAAUGAAUGUGUUAAGUUCAUGGUGUCCAGUCUAGUCUGUACUCUUUACUCAGUAAUAUGGAAACAUAACCUGGCUCCGGUUCAGGUAUGUGCUCUUUUGCCAAACAUUGGUUUAAUAAUGACUGUAGGACCUUGGCAAAAGGGCACGUUUCUGGAGCCAGGCUACAGGAACAGGACAUUUUCCAUUUUUAAAUUACAUUUGGCACUAAUAAAAUGUAUCAACCUUGUAAGCUGAAUGAGUAUCUGGUCUGACUGACAGUCACACAGACCGCUACUAGGUGACCACCAGAGAGGGAAGUGUUUGGUCACCGCUGGUCUGUGUUUCCUAGACACCAGAACCAGCGAUUUCUGCAUUAUCAUACAUUCAACAUGACCCACAUACGUUCCACAACAGCCGUGAUGGUGUCCCGGGACCAUUACAUGGGAUCUAUUUAGAAAUGGGAAUAUUCCAUUGGGGCCAACACUAGUAGCUGUCCUAAGCUAGCCAGACUUACGGGGUUCUAGAUCGGUUUAGGGGUUCUGUCGCUAGGUAAUGCUAGGUAGGUUCCAGAGAGGAGUGUCUGAGCCUUGCUUCUGUCGUAGGAAUCGGCAAAAUUACAGUGUACCCUCCAUUUCAGAACUGGAGGAAUGAUGAAGAUUUAGUCCAAAUAUUAGUGCCAUACAUUAAAUUGCUGCAUCUCAGUGUAAUAAAUGAAGGUUUAUUUUCUCACGUACAGGUUUCUUUUUCCUUGUUUAUCGUUGUUCGGUCAGUGCUUCUAAUUUGUUAAGACAUCGAAAAUACAAGGACAUAUUCUUGGAAUGUGAAUGUUAACGAAUGUGUUUGAAUGUCCCAUUUUGUAAUUUUAUUUUUUUGUUCAAUAAUGUUUAUAACAAGAAGAUCUUUGCACACUUUUGUACAAAUGAUUGUUGCAACGCGAUAGUAUGUUUGUGAAACCACUCCUGUAUGUUGUUAUCUAAAUGUACUUUAUUUCUCUCAUUUUACCCAGUUUCCUAUAUAUAGUACACUGCCUCAGAGCACUGGAGAAUGGGGUGCCCCUCCAUGUUAAGGGGUAUUAUUGUAUGGUAGUGGCCUGCAUAAUGGCCCCUUGGAUUGUGUGUGUUGGAAACACGGCCCUGAUCCGAGUUGGAAACAAGAUAACUAAUAAAUAACGUUUUGAUUGAGAUUCACAUUUGAGAAAUGAUUAUUAAACAAAGUACUGUUUACAUCCAAUGUUUGUAUGUAAAGUGUAGACGUCUAUUGGAGAAAAAAAAAACGACAUUUGCAGUGAACAUCACAGUAUUAAAGUUUUCUGAAUUAAAUGCUACCUUGAUUU